CAAACAGAUUAUAUGUAAAUAAUGUAACACAUAUCGCUGUAGCAAAAAUUCUAAUAGGCGUCUACCCCACCCAUCACUGCGUAGUCACCAGCAAUUUCUUCCAAUCCUCCUUACCAUGACUCACCACGCUGUACUGCGAACUACAAUUGAGAGUUUCUACGCUAAUUUUGUUCCUUUCUUGUAAAAAAGUUUCCUUGAAAGCGUAAGCAAGCAAAAAAAUUCCAAAACAAAAAGCGAGAAGUCCAGUGUACCCAUGCCGUAAUUUUUAUGUGAGGGGAAUUUGGCAUGACCAAAUUUUUCCAGCGAAACGAGUCAUUUCAAAAAGCCAGCUUUCCCGAAAAAUUAUCGCCACAAAGACUGAGCACUGCCAUGGCGAACAAUAAGCUUCAUGUUCGACUCAACGAGCGUGUGGAAGAGUAUAAACUUACACCAGAAGAAGUAGCAGCCAUCGACAAGGCAAGAGGUCAACUGAGCUCACAUACCACCUUUGGAGGAUUCGCUGGCGCAGCAGUGGGAGCAUUCUUAGGUGUCCGGCGACGCUUUUCCCCUUGGGCCUCCUUUGCACUAGCCGGUGGAGGUUUUCUUAUUGGUACACAAAUGGGAUUAGUGUCCGGAGCGUUGGCUGGCGUCAAUACCAUCAAAACGCUACCUAAUUCUGAACACCUUAUGAAUCUCGUUCGAGACGUUCAGUGAGUGUUCAAUUUCGCAUUGGAAUAACCUUCUACUUCCUACUUAUAAUGUCAUCUGCAG